CUGGGAAGCUGUGUGCUGCGCGAGGCAUCUCCGCACUCGAGUCCUUAGAAUAAUAAGGAGACGCGCUUGACCGGGGACGGAGCCGACACGCACCGGGACGUGCUGAAGCUCCGUAAGCCCUGCUCCUUAUGGACACUCAUCAUGCGCAGGAUUAGGGCCAACGCCAUCGCCAUCCUGACCGUCGCGUGGAUCCUGGGCACCUUUUAUUACCUGUGGCAGGACAACAAGCCGCGCGCGAGCCCUUCUUCAGCGUCUCAGGCGCGCGCCGUGGGCGUCAAAAGCCGCGGGCCAAAACCCGCCGUCUCGGGGAGAGUGGACAUCCGGCGAGAGGACAGGACUCUUCCUCUUAUAGUGACCCAUCCUCCCCGAGCCGAACAUCACGCUCAGCUGUUGGGCGGCUUUGAUGAGAAAGCCUAUUUAUCCAGUAAACAGCUGAAAGCAGGGGAGGAUCCGUACAGAGAGCAUGCUUUCAAUCUGCAGGAGAGCGACAGACUGGGAAGUGAAAGAGCCAUCAGAGACACACGACACUACAGAUGUGCCUCAGUGACAUUUGACCCUGACCUGCCCUCCACCAGCAUCAUCAUCACCUUCCACAAUGAAGCUCGCUCCACCCUAUUGCGCACCGUUAAAAGUGUAUUAAUGAGAAGUCCACCCCAUCUGAUACAAGAAAUUAUUCUUGUAGAUGACUUCAGCUCUGACCCUGAGGAUUGCCAGCUGCUCUCGCAAAUUCCCAAAGUGCGCUGUCUGAGAAAUGAGCGACGAGAGGGUUUAAUCAGGUCACGGGUGAGGGGAGCCGGCGCUGCGUCAGCUUCUAUCCUUACCUUCCUGGACAGCCACUGUGAGGUGAACACAGACUGGCUCCAGCCAAUGAUCCAGAGAGUCAAAGAGGAUCAUACUCGGGUUGUCAGCCCCAUCAUUGAUGUGAUCAGCCUGGACAACUUUGCUUACCUGGCAGCGUCCGCUGACCUUAGAGGAGGGUUUGACUGGAGCUUGCAUUUUAAAUGGGAACAGAUUCCUAUUGAGCAGAAAAUGGCACGAACUGAUCCAACCCAGCCAAUCAGGACUCCAGUGAUUGCUGGUGGAAUUUUUGUUAUGGACAAGAGUUGGUUCAAUCACCUGGGCCAGUAUGACACUCACAUGGAUAUCUGGGGUGGUGAAAACUUUGAGCUGUCGUUCCGGGUAUGGAUGUGUGGAGGCAGUCUGGAGAUUUUACCCUGCAGUCGCGUAGGGCACGUUUUCAGGAAACGCCACCCUUACGACUUCCCAGAAGGCAAUGCUCUCACCUAUAUAAAGAAUACACGGCGAGCUGCGGAAGUGUGGAUGGAUGACUAUAAGCAGUAUUAUUAUUCUGCAAGACCAUCUGCUCAGGGAAAGGCCUUUGGGAGUAUCGCUGAUCGACUGGAUCUGAGGAGGAAGCUGAGCUGUAAAUCUUUCCACUGGUAUCUGGAAAAUGUGUAUCCUGAGCUCAAGAUUCCGGAGCAGAAGGGCACAUAUAGUCUGCUGAAACAGAGUGGACUCUGCCUAGAAAGCUACAACAGAGACAGUCUGGGUCUGGCUGAGUGCAAGAGCGGCUCAAGUAUACCUGCCUCACAGAAAUGGAUGCUGGUUGAGCCACAGAUCCGCCAACACGACCUGUGUUUGACUAUCACAGCGUACUCCCCUGGGUCAAAGGUCAGACUGGAGCCCUGCAGCCCUAAAGAGUCCAGACAGAGAUGGAAGCCUAGAGGUCCUGCACUGCAGCACUUGGUCAGCGGUUUGUGUUUGGACAGCCAGCCCCCAGCCGGCCCCCCAGUUAUCGUGCAGUGCCGCCCACAGAUGGCCAGCCAAUCCUGGGAGCCUCAGCUGGUCACCUGACUUUGAGCCGGCAGGGAAAAGGCGAGCGAGAGGGAAGGAUUUUUAGGAAGGUCAUCGAAGCUUGCUGUGCUUUAGAGCCAAGAGGAACAUGUCUGCACGCUGAUUAAUUUAAAGGUGCUGCUUUGAGACGAGUAAACCAUGGCUGCGUCUAAAAACCAUUUCAGCACCUUUACAUCCUUUUCAGUCUCAAAUAGAGAAUUUCAUCUUUGCAGGCUUCUUCUAUUUAGUCAUAUUUGGACCUGGUUGAGGUUUACAACUUACUCAGAUUGUCUGUGGCUUACAGGAGAAGGUUGUAAAAUUAUUUUUCCUAAUGUUUUGCUUAAGUACUCAAAGGGAAAGACUAGUUAUGUAUAUUUAUGCCUUUUACUGCCUUUGAGAACAGCCACUGAGCCCCCGCCUGUACAAUAUCAUUGCCUCAUGUAGGUGAUUUCCUAAAGCUCAUUAUUAAAGUCAGUGUUUCUCCUAAAGCAGCAUUAUUAAAUGUUUAUACAUUUUGAUCAGUUGACGCCUAAAUGAAAUUCUUAAAAUAUAAUGCAUCUAGUGUACAUGCUUUAAAAAGACGUUGUCGAUUUUCUUUGUUUAUUUUUCUUUCUCUUUUUAAUUUAAGAUCUGUGCUUAAGCAGUUUUUGCAAAACAAGCUUCACCGACUUUGCCUGGUCCAGCAGGUUGUAGCGUAGCAUUGAUGCUUUGCGAUCUUUGAUCUAUGGUCAGUGACAUUGUUUGGAUUCCUGAUCUCUAAAUUGCAGAACAUAACAAAGGAAAGCAAGCUCUGCAGAGUUGAAACAUCUGAGAGUUGACAUGUGAAUGUAGCAGAAUUUGAAAGUAAUGAUUUGUAUAAAUCCAGGCUAACCAAUUCGUUUAGUUUAAUGUUAGAUAACUCACAAGUUCUUAAAACCUAUUUACAGUUCUGCAUGCUACUGUGAAGCACCACAAAAAGACAUGUGUGAUGUCACAUCCAAAGACCCUGUUUUUGUUUGUUUGUAUGUUUGUUUGACAUUUUUGUAAAUAUUUAAACUUGUUUUUUGCAAUCAUGAACAACAUGAGCAUUGUUGUGAGUUGAAAAAAAUAAAGUCUUUAGCCCAGAAAAAUCAUCUUUAUUUAUGCUGUAAAGGAUCAGCAAGUACUAGUAUUAUUAUUGUUAUUAUUGUUAUUAUUAUUAUAUGUAAUAAUGCAUAAUCUUCAGCCAUAAUCUGACUUAGUUAGGUAAAACAUGGCUUUCUUUUUUAUUUUAUUUAGUAUGUUAUACUAGAUAGAACCUGGAGACCUUGGUUACUUAUGAGGUUAUUGGUAUCUUUUAUAAUUAUUACAUUUGCAUUUUGCCUUAAUGUGCUCUCUAAUUGAUUUGUUUCAGUGCAGUUUCGUAUUUGACCACUAGGUGGAAAGCUAUCAUCAAAAAUAGAAGACUGAUUUAACUUUUAACUGAGCUCAAACAUCAAAGUCACAUCAGCAGAUUCACAUUCCAUGCUGCAACAUUUUAAGACGUAUAAGAAAUACUUCGGAAUGUUUUGUCGAAAGUGCAUUC